CAGGGACCAGCUAGCGGGGGGAUUUACCUAGGAAUUUAGAGGUCAAGUGAGAGCAUCUCACCCGAAGCGGUGUUGGAGAGAAUGGAAAUGGGGACCUGAACAUGUGCCCUCCAAUGUCUUUCACCGGCUCCGCUGCAAAGUGUGUGAUGUAAUCAAUCCUCCAAAAUACCUUCAGUUCCUGUAACACACCAUCAACAACAUCUUCCUAGACUCAAUUCUCAAACCAGCGCUCUCUUCCCCUUUAAUUCCGCAAUCCAUUGCCCUCCAAUUCUUCCAUCUCGGCGCCGCAACUCUAAGGUUGUGUUUCUGGCUUGUGAUCGCAAAGCAAAACCGAUAACUACCCCGUCGCAUCGCCGAGCCCGCAUCUUUUCACCUGAAGACUUUUCCGCCGGCAAUGCGCUUAUAGGAAGGCGCAUUCUCCUUUUCUCCGAAUUACGAUCCACCGCAGACGAUAUUCUGAGCCCGUUCGAGGCCCGCGUCAGAGGGAAUGCCCCCGGCGCUUAUCAGCCAUGCCUCCAUGCCGGGGAGCGCAUCAAACGAACCACGAGAGGUAGCAGCCGAUGCGUUCCGGCUAGGGGCCAGGAUACAGAAAGAGAAAGGUGAAGCGGCGGUAUGCCCGACAGACGAUGAGGCUUCUGUACCGCGGUCCAAGAAGGAUUCGGGUUCGCAGAAGAAACGGAGUCUGGAUUACCUUUGGAGAUCGGGAGUAGCAGGGGGCUUGGCCGGAUGCGCGGCCAAAACCGUUGUCGCACCGCUUGAUCGGGUAAAGAUCCUAUUCCAGGCUCACAAUCCACACUUCCUCAAGUAUGCGGGCUCGUGGUGGGGCUUUGGGGAAGCUAUAAAAGACAUCUAUCGACAGGAUGGGGUGAGGGGCCUCUUUAGGGGGCAUUCGGCGACCCUCCUCAGGAUCUUUCCGUACGCCGGUAUCAAAUUUCUGGCCUACGAGCAAAUCAGGGCACUUGUCAUUACUCGCAAGGACCAGGAAACUCCCCUACGGCGGCUCAUCAGCGGCUCGCUCGCCGGCGUCACAUCCGUCUUCUUCACAUACCCCCUCGAAGUCAUCCGAGUACGACUAGCGUUCGAAACAAAACGAGAAGGCCGAUCGUCCCUUCGAUCCAUCGUUAGGCAAAUAUACAGCGAAAACGCCCCCACCAUUCCCGAAAACGCGCCAGCUCUCAUGCGAAACAUGGCCGUGGCCUCAGCACACGCGCCCGCUCUGAUUCCGCGGACCGGACUCGUCAACUUCUACCGCGGCUUCUCUCCCACGCUCCUCGGCAUGCUUCCCUACGCCGGCAUGUCCUUCCUCACGCACGACACGGUUAGCGACAUCUUCCGGCACACGAAGCUUGCAAAAUGGACGACACUACCGCAACCAGAAAAUGCGCCGGCCGGCAAGGCUGCCCCCCUGCGCUCGUGGGCAGAGCUUUCGGCCGGUGGUCUCGCGGGACUGGUCUCGCAGACGGUGUCGUACCCCUUGGAGGUCAUCAGGCGGCGGAUGCAGGUUGGCGGAGCGGUCGGCGAUGGUCGUAGGUUGACCAUUGGCGAGACGGCUAAGCUGAUAAUGAGGGAACGUGGGUUCCGCGGCUUCUUUGUCGGCUUGACCAUUGGGUAUGCGAAGGUGGUUCCCAUGGUGGCUGUGAGCUUUUACACUUACGAAAGGUUAAAGACAUUUUUUGGCAUCUAAGAUAAAGAGCUUUUCUUGCUAGGCUAGGGGGGUCUUGAAACGGGCGGUAAAGCUUGGGUUUACUUACUACAAGGGUUGUUUGUACUUGGGGUGUACGCACGAGACACAUUUUCAUGGCGUUUGGUUGGCUUUGUUCUUGAUAGGCACAUAUAUACACACUCAGAGGUAUUCUUGGCUUAGACUUGGAAGGAUGUCAGUUUUCUGUUUGGUCCACUUCAGUAUCAUUAUUUCAGUUGAGUCUUGCUCCAUCUGUAGCCGUAACGAAGUCGCUGUUGUUUAAGUAUCGUUAGGUAUACAGAAGAGCACGCGGAACAGGUUUGGUUCUGAAGACAAUGUAGUCAUAACAUUUGUACUGUGGGCAAGUCAGCACCACGAUUAUGAGGGUUAGCAUACAGGCUAUUGGUUACGAACUCAAGGCAAACUAUUACCUGUUGUCAGCAUUACAGUCAAUAGACAAUUACCUCUACAUAUUGAAAGA